AUGAGCGGGAGCGGCAACCCCGGGCCCGGCGCGGCGCCCUGCCGCUUCGCCCACUACUUUGUGCUGUGCGGCAUCGACGCGGAGAGCGGGCUGGAGCCCGACGAGCUGGCAGGAGAGAAUUUCGACCAGAGCCCCCUAAGAAGAACCUUCAAGUCCAAAGUUUUGGCCCAUUAUCCUCAGAACAUUGAGUGGAACCCCUUUGACCAGGAUGCCGUCAACAUGCUGUGUAUGCCCAAGGGGCUGUCUUUCAGGACGCAGGCGGAUAACAGAGACCCGCAGCUGCACUCGUUCAUCAUCACCAGGGAGGAUGGCUCCCGCACGUACGGCUUUGUGCUCACCUUCUACGAGGAGGUCACGAGCAAGCAGAUCUGCACAGCCAUGCAGACGCUCUACCAGAUGCACAACGCAGAGCAGUACAGCAGCGUUUGCGCCUCCUCCUCUUGCAGCAUGGACUCCCUGGCCAGCAGCAUCGAUGAGGGCGACGCCACGUCCCUCGCCAAGCUCCAGCGCUACAACUCCUACGACAUCAGCAGGGACACGCUCUACGUCUCCAAGUGCAUUUGCCUCAUCACCCCUCUGCCCUUCAUGCAAGCCUGCAAGAAGUUCCUGAUCCAGCUCUACAAGGCAGUGACCUCCCAGCAGCCACCACCUCUGCCCCUGGAGAGCUACAUCCACAACAUCCUCUACGAGGUGCCCCUGCCACCCCCGGGGAGGUCGCUCAAGUUCUAUGGGGUUUACGAGCCCAUCAUUUGCCAGAGACCUGGGCCCAAUGAGCUGCCGCUCUCUGACUACCCUCUGAGGGAAGUCUUUGAGCUGCUGGGCCUGGAGAACCUGGUCCAGGUCUUCACCUGUGUUCUUCUGGAGAUGCAGAUCCUUCUGUACUCACAAGAUUAUCAGCGGCUGAUGACGGUGGCAGAGGGAAUCACAACGCUGCUGUUCCCGUUUCAGUGGCAGCAUGUGUAUGUCCCCAUCCUUCCUGCCUCUCUCCUGCAUUUUCUGGAUGCUCCUGUUCCCUACCUGAUGGGGCUGCAGUCUAAGGAGGGAACCGACCGCUCCAAGCUGGAGCUGCCUCAGGAGGCAAACUUGUGCUUUGUAGACAUCGAUAACCAUUUCAUUGAACUGCCGGAGGAAUUCCCACAGUUCCCCAACAAGCUGGAGUUUAUCCAGGAGAUCUCUGAGGUUCUCCUGCAGUUUGGGAUCCCUCCAGAAGGCAACCUGCACUGCAGCGACAGCGCCACCAAACUCAAGAACUUGGUUCUUAGUGACCUGGUGAACGACAAGAAGAACGGGAACAUCCCCAGCAAUGCCCUCAACAUGUACGAGCUGCUGAAAGGCAACGAGACGAUCGCCCGCCUGCAAGCCCUGGCCAAGAGAACGGGCGUGACCAUGGAGAAGAUGACCAUCACCACCCCCCUCACAGAGGAGAAGGAUGGGAAGUUGUCAUGUGAGGAGCUGGAGCUGAGGGACUACAAGCUGAACGUGCAGCUCCGUGAGGUUUUCGCCAACCGCUUCACGCAGAUGUUCGCAGACUACGAGGCGUUCGUCAUCCAGGCUGCCCCCGACAUGGAGUCGUGGCUGACAAACAGGGAGCAAAUGCAAAACUUUGACAAAGCUUCCUUCCUUUCGGACCAACCUGAGCCUUACCUCCCAUUCCUUUCACACUUCAUUGAAACACAGAUGUUUGCAACCUUCAUAGACAAUAAGAUAAUGUCCCAGUGGGAAGAGAAGGAUCCUUUCCUACGAGUUUUUGACUCACGAAUUGAGAAAAUAAGGCUAUAUAAUGUCAGGGCCCCUGCACUGCGGACAUCCAACUACCAGAAAUGCAGCACUUUGAAAGAAGCAGCCCAGUCCAUCGAGCAGCGGCUGGUGAAGAUUGACCACACGGCCAUCCACCCUCACCUGCUCGACAUGAAGAUUGGCCAAGGGAAGUAUGAACAAGGGUUUUUCCCAAAGCUGCAAUCUGAUGUCUUGGCAACGGGACCCACCAAUAACAACCGCUGGGCCAGCCGCAGCGCCACCACGCAGCGGAGGAAGGACCGCCUGCGGCAGCACUCGGAGCACAUCGGGCUGGACAACGACAUGAGGGAGAAAUACAUGCAGGAGGCAAGGAGUUUAGGUAAAAAUUUAAGGCAGCCCAAACUGUCAGACCUCUCUCCAGCUGUGAUUGCACAGACCAACUGGAAAUUUGUGGAAGGGUUGCUGAAGGAAUGUCGCAUGAAGACUAAACGCAUGUUGGUAGAGAAAAUGGGCCAUGAAGCAGUUGAGCUGGGACAUGGAGAAGCCAACAUAACAGGUCUGGAGGAAAAUACACUGAUUGCCAGUCUGUGUGAUCUGUUAGAAAGAAUCUGGAGCCAUGGUCUGCAGGUCAAGCAGGGGAAAUCUGCGUUGUGGUCCCAUUUGCUUCAGUACCAGGAGAGAGAAGAGAAGCAAGAGCACAGUGCAGAGUCCCCAGUUGGUGGUGGAACAGAAAGACGAAAGUCUGAUACAGGAAUUACUCUGCCUACAUUGAGGGUUUCCCUGAUACAAGAUAUGAGGCACGUUCAGAACAUGAGUGAGAUAAAGACUGAUGUGGGGCGAGCCCGAGCCUGGAUAAGACUUUCUCUGGAGAAGAAACUUUUGUCUCAGCACCUGAAGCAGCUGCUUUCCAACCAGGCACUUGCAAAGAAACUUUACAAGCGUUACGCUUUCCUGCGCUGUGAAGAAGAACGGGAACAGUUUCUGUACCACCUGCUCUCACUCAAUGCUGUGGAUUACUUCUGCUUCACAAGCGUCUUCACUACAAUCAUGAUCCCUUACAGGUCAGUGAUAAUUCCCAUCAAAAAACUAAGCAAUGCAAUAACCACAUCAAACCCGUGGAUAUGUGUCUCAGGAGAACUGGGAGAUAGUGGUGUCAUGCAGAUUCCUAAAAACCACCUAGAAAUGACGUUUGAGUGCCAGAACUUGGGGAAGCUGACGACCGUUCAGAUUGGUCAUGACAACUCAGGGCUACUGGCCAAGUGGCUAGUUGAUUGUGUCAUGGUCAGGAAUGAAAUAACAGGACACACGUACAAGUUCCCCUGUGGGCGGUGGCUGGGAAAAGGCGUUGAUGAUGGCAGUCUGGAGCGAAUCCUCAUUGGAGAGCUGGUGUCCUCCACAUCUGAUGAAGAGCUGGGAAAGCAGUGCCGCACCCCGCCCCAGCAGAAGUCUCCCACUGUGACUCGGCGGCUGAGCAUCACUUCCCUCACAGGGAGGAACACCAAGCCUAAUACGGGGCAGAUCCAAGAGGGAAUCGGGGAAGCUGUGAACAACAUUGUAAAACACUUCCACAAGCCAGAGAAAGAGAGAGGGAGCCUUACCAUUCUCUUGUGUGGAGAAAAUGGUCUGGUUGCAGCACUGGAGCAUGUCUUCCACCAUGGAUUCAAAUCAGCUCGCAUUUUCCAUAAGAAUGUCUUCAUCUGGGAUUUUAUAGAGAAAGCUGUUGCUUACUUUGAAACCAGUGAUCAGAUUGGAGACAAUGAGGAGGCCCUUUUGCUUCAGAGAUCUUCAUGCAAAACCUUCUGCCAUUAUGUCAAUGCCAUCAAUACAGCUCCAAGGAACAUUGGAAAGGAUGGCAAAUUCCAAAUCCUGGUUUGCCUGGGGACGAGGGACCACUUGCUGUCUCAGUGGAUCCCGCUGCUGGCAGAGUGCCCGCCCAUCACGAGGAUGUACGAGGAGAACGCUCUCCUCCGGGACCGCAUGACUGUCAACUCCCUUAUCCGAGUCCUACAGACAUUGCAAGAUUUCAACAUCAUCCUAGAAGGAUCGCUCAUUAAAGGAGUGGAUGUUUAGCAUGGCUUUGCUGAGAACUUCAUUACUCCUUUCCCAAACAAGCAAACCACAAUUGGAGACCUGUCAGGACUUGAAUGCCAUGGUAGUGCACCACUGUAAGGCAAAGCUGCUGGUGGAAGCAGGAUUGGGAAGCCCAGUUUGUGCCUGAUGGGGACUGGCCUCUAAAGCUGCAGAAAGCUAAGAUGCAGUAUUGUCGUUUAUUUGAAACAGAAAUUUAGUACAAAAAAAUAGAGUAUUUUCAUGUGUUAGAUGUGUGUAAAUAUGCUAUCUUUCUUUAAGAAAUUAUAUUACUCUAAGAAAUUUUUCUUAGAGUGAAUGUUCCUGUUCUGACUAUGAGUAGCUUAAACCCAGGGGAAGGACUUGGGGGAGGGAGGGAAGGACCAAGGUGGGAAGGGAUGCCACUACUUGCUUGCAAGGAAGAAGCCAAUCAACGUGUAAAUACAGCGCAAACUCAGCAGGGCUUUUUUCAGGUAUUGCAAAUUAAUACAGCAAAUAUCCCUAUGUAGCCAUUGUGAUUGUGUCACUCUUGGAAAUGCUGUAAGCAUAUGCUGGUUUACCCUACUGUACAUGGUCUCUCUUAGUUUGUUGUUUGUUCAAAGACUCACCUUCCCGUGCAUGGAAGUAGUGAGUUGUUAUUUUUUUUUUUCUGUAAGGUGUUUUGUGUCACUCCUGUUGAUCUCCAAAAGGGGAAAUAAGUGCUGGAAUGCUUAAACACUGGAGAGAAGGACUGCAGUCAGUCUCAGAGCCUGAGAGGAUGAAAUACCUGUUGAAGCCUUUGUGCUGCAGCCUGAGAUGGGGAAUGGUGCUUGCUUGACUCACUCAGUGUGUCCCUUCCCUGUCUAGAUGUUCUCAUGAUUGACCCUCACCCUCAGCCAGUUUGUGUUGUGGGUGACCUUUUUUUUUCCCCAUGAUGAGGAAUUUGGUUUAUGCCAAAUUCUUGCUGUACUUGAGAAGAAUCAUUGCUGCAGAGCCACAAACACUGCUGUUGCUCUGCUACCAAACUGUAUUAGCUGGCUUUGAUAUGCUGACAGGUUAUGAGUCUUCCUUUAUCCUGCAGAAUGAAUGUUCCUAGGGGAGUACAGGAUCUUGGAUGAUUUUCUUUUUUUAAUUAUUCAGCUACAGAAAGAAAAGAAAUUAAGCAAAGGAGGAAAAAAAAACAUUCUCAAGUUGGUGUUUUGAGGCUUCUCUCCUACACUCUUUCCAGUUAAUAUGUUACUAAUACAGUGCAUAUAUGUAGAUACAGCUCUUGAUGAGGAGAUGGGAGCAACUGUAUGAUACAAAUUGAACAAGAGAUUAUAUCAACAUUACCUUGUGAACACCACGCAGUAAAUAGAGUGUAUUUUCCAUUCUUGUGGAUGGGAGUUGGAAGGGUCUGAGGACACAGCUUCACCUGGUUUUAGUUUUUGGAUGUUAGUUCAAGGUUUUUGUUUUCACUUGUUUAUUCCCUACAAUCUUGGGUAUUUGGUCAGUGGAUUCUUUCGCAGUCUCACUGUCAGCUGAGACUUGGGAAAGGCCCCUGACUGGUUCUGGCAUAGUGCACAUGGUGGAAAGAGGGAUGGGAGAUAAGGAAAAGGAAGGAGGAUGAAAAUUAGGGUUUGCUUUCUCACCUGCCUUUUGUCAAGCUUCUCUACUUUCCUGUGCUCCUUCUGCUGCUCAAUUCGUAGAACAGCACUCACUUCAGUGUCAAAGUUUCAUGUCAGAUUCCCAACCAGAAGAAAACUCUUCAUGUAACUUUGUUUCAUUGGAGAGUUUUAUGUUAUAGAAGUCUUUUUGUUUCUAAGAAGUAAAAUAACACUGUCAAGGAGCCUUCCAUUUUAAUGAGGGUUCCAGCUUUCAAUAACCAUUCUUUCCUCCUGAGCUUGUGCUUCCUUAAACUGACUGAACUCAUCCCAAAUAAUGCAGGCAGCACUGCCAUGUCACUGCUGUGGGUGGGAGUAACUAAUGUAAAGGCUGUGAAUGGUGUCUCGAGUUAGUAGCCAGAGCCCAGAGCCGUGUGACAUCUCUCUUACAUUUCCAGAAAUGUGAAAAUUGGGGUGUUAGGAUUUUCUGUGUGGCCAGGCAUGUCUGCUUAGAGUCAGCAGACUCUAAUGAUGAUGCAUGACAACUCUUCAGCAGCAAUUGAAAAUGUGUCCCUGUACUUAACUCUAUCAAUGAAUUAUACAUUUAGCACCAGAAACCAUGUGGCAGCAUUAUUUGGUAAUGACUGCUUAGGAUGUUUUGAUUUCUAUUACAACUCAGGCCUUUCAUGUCUAAUGACUGCUGUACAGGAUUUUUUCACGCCCAGCCCAGUCUGAGUGACUUUCAUUUUGCUGAAAUAACCACCUCUUUAGUCCUUGGAUUUCUUCACAGCAUCAUCUGCAUUUGCAGGCUGGAUGCUUCCCAAAGUACACUGCUGCAGACUUCUCCAAAGGCUAUGUCUGACUGGAACAGUCGUAACAUUCAUCUGACAUGACAAGGGUUAAGUGCAAGCAGGAUAAAGGAGAAAUGUAGGCACCUCUAAAGGUCAUUCAUUUAAAUGAAUAAACCACACACAGAGAAAAAAGGCAAUAACUACAUUAAGUCUUUCUUAAGUUAAAUCAAAACCUGAGAAUUUUUAAAAUUCAGAUCAGGGCCUUUCCCCAUUCCAGGCUACAUUAAGAAACCUUUAGCACUUAACAUAACUUCACCUCAGCUUUUUCAGCAAGUGUUGACUUGUUUGGUUUUGUCAGGUUUUGCAUCAUAUUAAUAAUAAUACAAUAAAAAUUAUGUAUGUUUCAUGUUUCCUUGUAGGCAAUAAAUCACCCCAAAAGGGGCACAGCUGAGUGUCUCAGAUUCCUGGAGUAGUUAUUUGACAACCUUGGGAGAACGGUUCUUCAUAGUGAAUUUUUAUUCUACCAUGUAUGGGGUUUUUUUAGUGGACUACUUGUUGAUUGGAAACAGUGAGUUUUUUUCUGUAAGGUCUACAGAAAUCAUUCUACCCACUAGAAUGGUGAAAAACCCAUCAGGAUUCUUCUAAGCUAACACAGUUUUUACUUCAGUGUUAAAGCACCUUCUUUGGUUGAGAAAGGGAAUCUUGGAAAAGACCAAAGCUCUCUGGUAUCUGCUUUGUAAAAAAAAACAAAAAAAAAAAAAUCCUAUCCAAUGCCCAUCUGCAGAUGUCUGAGUUUGCAUAGUCCAGUUGUACUAACAGCCAGCAUGGUAACUUGAGGGAGUCAGAGAAUCUAAUGCCUCACUAUGUACAAAAUGUGUAUUUAUAAUUCUCUGAAACAAAUGAAGUUGUACUGUUUAGUGAAAAAAAUCUACUCAUGUUUAUUCCAAGUUGGUUUGUGUAAUUAGAUAUCAUUGUUCAAAAACAUGUUUUUAGGGUAGUUGCGCAGCAGCGUGUUGGAGAGAAUUCCUUCUUUCAAUCAAAUGAAGGUGCGCAUCGUGAGAGGAAAUCUUGUGUGUUACACUUGAAAUGUACAAAUGUGCCCUGUAUAGCUUAAAAUGAUCCCUAAAUGUCUCCAUUAAGUAUAUUUUGUCUUUACAUCAUUACUAAUGGAAUAAGAACUGGAUUAUUUUCAAGACAACAUUAAUAAAAUAUUGUUAUAUCAAGCACUUUAACAUACACACCACAAACCGACAUGGGUUUUUCAGGUUUUGAAGUACAUUGAAAUACAGCUUUUCAUGCUAUGUCCUUUACAAAUAAAACUGUGAGAAUAA